UCCAUCCCCGUUAUCCCGCAGGAAUCCGGGGAUGACGAGUACCGGGGGGAACACUCGGACACGGAGGACGAGGUGGACUCGGACUUCGACAUCGACGAGGGGGACGAGCCGGGCAGUGACCAGGACGAGGCCGAGCCCCGGCGGCGCCGCCGCGUCCUCACCAAGGCCUACCGGGAGCCCCUGAAGAGCCUCCGGCCCAAGAAGCCGGAGGGGCCCCGAGGGGGAUCCCAAAAACCUCGGGAGGUGAAAUCCAUCCCCCUGGAGCUCCAGGAUGACGUGGGAGACAGCAGGAAGCACAUGCGCCAGUCGACCACGGAGCACACGCGGCAAACGUUCCUGAGGCUCCAGGAGCGCCAGGUCCAGUCCAAGAGGAAAAAAGGGGGAACGAGCUACGAGAGGCCCCUGACCCAGGAGGAGCUGCUGGAGGAGGCCAAAAUCACGGAGGAGAUCAACCUGCGCUCCCUGGAGAACUACGAGCGCCUGGAGGCCGACAAGAAGAAGCAGGUGCAGAAGAAGCGUCAGUGCGUGGGGCCCGUGAUCCGGUACCUGUCCCUGGCCAUGCCCGUCAUCCCAGAGCCCCCCCGGCACCUCCUGGACGUCGAGGGGUCAGUGGGGACCCCCCCCUGUGAUUCCUGGGGUGGAUCCAGCCCUGAGGGAAAGGGGGGAGAGGGAGGGAAAGCACCUGAGAGAGCCCGAGUUCCAACAUUCCGGCUGUCCCCGUGUCCCCAUCCCCGGUGUCCCCGUUCCCGGUGUCCCCGUGUCCCCAUUCCCGGUGUCCCCGUGUCUCCAUCCCUGGUGUCCCCGUGCCCAGGGAAGCCGUUCGUGCCCAAGAACCCGACGCGGGAGAUCCCUCGGGAGGAGCAGAUCACGCUGGAGCCGGAGCUGGAGGAGGCCUUGGCCAACGCCACCGAGGCCGAGAUGUGCGACCUCGCCGCCAUCCUGGGCAUGUACACCCUGAUGAGCAACAAGCAGUACUACGAUGCCAUCUGCAGCGGGAACAUCUCCAACACCGAGGGCAUCAACAGUGAGUGACACGGGGACACGG